CCUGGUUGUCUCCGUUCUUGCAUUGUCUUGUAUCUGAAUAUGCUGAAUAAAAAUAAAAAAGUAAAUAAAUAAAGAAAAUAAUAAUAAUGAUUGGUUGGUGACUUCCUGAUUCCUCGGUGCGUGCGUAAAAGCGCGGUGAGGAGGGGCGGGACGGAGCAGCGCACCGGCCGAGCUCAGAGCGACUGAGGCAGGACGAGAUGCAGACCAUAAAGUGUGUGGUGGUUGGAGAUGGAGCCGUGGGUAAAACAUGUUUGUUGAUUUCGUACACGACCAACAAGUUCCCGUCUGAGUACGUCCCCACAGUGUUUGAUAACUAUGCUGUGACUGUGAUGAUCGGAGGAGAGCCCUACACUCUGGGACUGUUCGACACUGCAGGUCAGGAGGACUAUGACCGCCUGCGUCCUCUCAGUUACCCUCAGACUGAUGUGUUCCUUGUCUGCUACUCUGUAGUGUCCCCUUCUUCCUACGAGAACGUCAAAGAGAAGUGGGUUCCGGAGAUUAACCACCAUUGCGUCCACACCCCAUUCUUGCUCGUGGGCACACAGAUAGACCUCAGAGACGACCACAGCGUUCUGGAGAAACUGACCAAGAACAAGCAGCGCCCCCUAAUGCCUGAACACGGAGAGAAACUGGCCCGAGAUCUCAAGGCUGUGAAAUAUGUGGAGUGCUCUGCUCUCACUCAGAGAGGCCUGAAAAACGUGUUCGACGAAGCCAUCCUCGCUGCUCUGGAACCUCCAGAAACAAGGUCCAAACAACGCUGUGAAAUACUGUAGAACUAAACUGGGACUACAUCAGGACUAGACCAGAACUAAACCAGGACUAAACCAGGACUAAACCAGGUCUAAACCAGGACUACACCAGGACUAAACCAAGACCUGACUGGAUUUACACCCGUACCAGAACAAAAUCAAAACCACACUACACUUGCAGGCCCACAAUGCAAUCCCCAUGGUUACCAGAAUAUUCCGGGUAAUUGCUUUAUUACCUUGUUUUAACAUGAUACACUGGAAAUACCUAAUGUUAAUAUCUGUGCCUCUGUGUCUGGCAUAUAUUAAGUUAUACAGAGUUUUAUUAAGACUAACAUGUGAAUAAUGUAUUUUGUUACUGUGCAAUAACACCUGUUUGAGCCAAUGUUACACUCAUAAUGUGUUACUUUUAAUUCACCAGCUAACGCGCUAAUAAUUUGAAUUAUUCUUACGUGCUCCUGGUGUGUGUGUGACAGGUUUUCACGUUUUUCUAAUCUGACUUGAUUAGGUGGAUAGUACCUUUCUGUGUUAAUUAUUUAUCAUAGUUUUACAUCAGUGAAGAGGCAGUACAAAAAAAUAAAUAAAAAAAUACAGGAAGUUGUAAAACAGAAUCGCUCUGCCUAUGUCACCAACACAAGACAAUUAGUGCACAAAGAAGGGCUUUUCUGACACCUUCAUUUAAGUAAAUAAAGGUGUUGUCAUUUAUUUUGAUUUCUUUAAUAAAAACUAUUGUGUAAUUUAGACGAGUGUUGGCCCUUUUUUGGUUGCUCUUGGUAUUAGUUAUGGAAUUACCUCUACCUAGGUCAGAUCUGCGGCCUGUGUCCAACCAGGGAAUAAAAUUUUUAACUUUACAAGAAAAAAUAGACACAUAUAGAUCAGAUUUUUUAGUAAAACGUUAAUUAUACUGAUGUUAACUGAUGUUUUAGUGAAAUGAGCAGUCAAACCUGUCAUACUCACUUUAACUAGUGAGUGAAUGUAACUCUACACAUGUGGAAAUUGUGGGUGUAUUAAUAAAAUCUUA